CGGGCUGGUGGACAGGCGGUCGCCGGGAGGCUGGAAAAUCUUAUGGAAAACCAAACCAACAUUGGAGUAUUAAUAGCAGCCGUGUCUUACACUUGUAUCACAGCGUUUAAGAGGCAGGUCGGCUCUUCUGACUGCGUACUUGAAGUAUAAAAGCCGGUCAUUAUGGAGCAUUGCUGGAGAUUCACGGAGGGUACCUCCCAACAAGAGCUGCUUUACAGCUCCCGUAGCUAACCCAUGUGAGCCUCUAUUUUAGCAGGCACACAGGUCUUUUUUAUUUUGCGGUACUGCAUAAGUUAGCCUCUGUUUUCAUGCAGGGUUAGUCAGCUCUCUGCGUUUAUUCAUCUGUACCUGCUCAACAUCCGUCUGCUUCCAAGAAGACAUGUCCGGGACCCCCUGCUGAGAGUCUGUUUUCUCACAAUAUUUAAAAUAAUUCAAUGAAAAUGAAGUCGUCUCUGGCUCCUGGGAUAAGACUUAUCACCAACUUUUCUCGGGAUAGUUGGUAUCGUGGUUUUAUUCUCAUCCUCACCUUCCUGUUCUACACAGCCUAUCACUUGUCACGGAAACCUAUCAGCAUCGUUAAGAGUGAACUGCACAGAAACUGCUCCAACGUCAUUCAGCCAAAAGACAUUAAUAUAACCAAUAAUGUUACCUGGUGCGAUUGGCCACCCUUUGACCAGGACAACUACCAGACACUGUUUGGGGUCUUGGAUAACUGCUUUCUGGUUGCUUAUGCCAUCGGGAUGUUUUUCAGUGGGAUAUUUGGUGAGCGUCUCCCUCUGCGGUACUACCUGAGUUUUGGGAUGUUGAUGAGUGGGUUGUUUACAUGUCUGUUUGGCCUCGGCUUCUACUGGAACAUCCACUCACUGGGGUACUACGCCUUCGUCCAGGUCAUGAACGGGCUGGUGCAGACCACCGGUUGGCCAGCAGUGGUGGCUUGUGUUGGCAACUGGUUUGGAAAGGGGAAGCGUGGCUUCAUCAUGGGUGUGUGGAACUCCCACACCUCAGUGGGAAACAUCCUGGGCUCCCUCAUUGCGGGAGUCUUCGUCUCCACGGCCUGGGGAUUAUCCUUCAUCGUCCCCGGAAUCAUCAUCGCCUGCACUGGGGUCCUGUGCUUCUUCUUCCUGGUUGAGAAACCUGAAGACGUGAACUGCUCAUCUCCUCAGCAUCAUAGUGGUCAGGAGAGGAGUCAGGAGGUUGGUGAGACGGCGCCUCUCUUGCGGGACUCAUCCAUUGUUGAUCCAUCCAUCAAUGGCGCCGUCUCCACUGAGCCAGACGUGAUUGUUGAGGAGCACAGCGAGGCCAUCAGCUUCCUCGGAGCGCUGCGGAUACCUGGCGUGGUGGAGUUCUCGCUCUGUCUGCUUUUUGCCAAACUGGUCAGCUACACCUUCCUCUACUGGCUUCCUCUCUACAUCUCAAAUGUUGCACAUUUUGAGGCAAAAGAAGCAGGAGAUAUGUCAACAUUAUUUGAUGUCGGAGGAAUCUUGGGAGGCAUCUUGGCUGGCCUUGUGUCUGACUACACUGGGGGGAGGGCGUCGACGUGCUGCGUCAUGCUGGUUGUUGCUGCCCCCAUGCUUUUCCUCUAUAAUUCCAUCGGGCAGAGGAGCCUCGGUACUACAAUCGGUAUGCUGUUAUUGUGUGGAGCCCUGGUGAAUGGACCUUAUGCUCUUAUCACAACUGCUGUAUCUGCUGACCUGGGGACACACGAGAGUCUGAAAGGAAACGCCAGGGCGCUGUCGACAGUGACCGCAAUUAUUGAUGGGACAGGAUCAAUAGGAGCUGCACUGGGUCCUCUGCUGGCCGGUGUGAUCUCACCAACUGGCUGGAACAAUGUCUUCUACAUGCUCAUCUCUGCUGACAUCUUAGCCUGCCUGUUUUUGUCCAGGCUUGUUUACAAGGAAGCUCAGAGAUGGUGUGGGUGUGGACCCAGAGCCAGAGGGUUCAAUGAGCUCUGAAAUCAAAGUGAAAACCAAAACACACAAAGGGAGGAAACAAUGAUGAAACUGACCUCACCGUACAACCAACUAACUCUUUUUUUUAACUUCCAACUUGGACAAUCUUCUGCUGAGCUGAUGAUUGAAGCCUUCUAACUGUACGACAGUAUGCUUCUAUAAGGAGACAAAUGUCUUUUUAAGGACUAAUCCACUCAUUCUUACUUGUUUUUAAUGUUCUUUUAGCAUUGAAUGGUUUACACUGUUUUUUUUGUCUCCUUGGUGUUUGUGCCCUUUCAAUGCCAUUUUAGGCAAACAAGCUGGAACACUGACUGAGUCUGAAACUGCUUCAGAGGGUUUUACAUGCAGUAGAAAGUCACCGUGUAACUGAAAACUAAGUGUAAGGAACUAAGUAAGGAAGUUCUGUGAUGUCAAAUUUGGAAAUUGGCUAACACUUUAUAACGUGGCCGUGGCUGACAGGGUUCGUGUAACGUGCCACGUGUGUAGUCAGUACAAUCAGUGUUGUGAAAGGAGAGAAAUGAUACUGUAAAUAAUUUUAAAUACUGCAUACAGACAUAAGUACACUGUAAUAAAAUUUAAGUUGUAAAUAAGUAAUUUUAAUAACAAUAUUUCCGUAUGUUACAUUGCAAAUACGUUGUACUUUUCAGUGUUUUGGUCGUAUUAUGAGCUGGUUUAACCUCCAUGAGCUUCCAGAAAAUUAAAAAUGACUUGCCUACAAAUACUAUUUUAUGUAAUUUUAAGUAGCUAAGUAAGUAAUAUGACCCCAGCUACAAAAAGUACAGCGGAAACUAUUGUGAAAUAUUGUGUUUUUGCCCCAAAUAACAUGAAAUUGCACAAUACUUAAAUUACUAACAGUAUAUUUUGUGUCUCCUUUAUUUUCUUGGAAGUUAAGCCAAUCUAUAAUACGGCCCAUAGUACGACGUACUUAUGAUGAAAGCUGGGGAAUUAUUGAUUGUUUUUCCACAAAAUUACCAAGAAAUUAACUACACAGUAGUUUACUUAUAGUUAACUAAAGCUAGAGACUGUUGGAUCAGAUGGUUUUACCAGUCUUGCAUGAGGCAUGGGGUCAUGAAGCUACUUCACUGAAGCUUUUCAUGUUAACUUUUUGAAGGAAGAUUUUUUUAAGUUGAAUAAAGAUGCUGUCAGUUCUGCUGCUGUAUGUGGUAGAUUUAAACUAAAAGAGACGAUCGGUUUCUAGUGUAGAUUAUUGAACAACAAACAGACUAAAUGAUUUUUUUCUUAUAUUGUUUCUUAACACUGUAAAGCCUAAACCGCUGUAAAUGCAAACUUUUUUUGAAACUUGAAUGUUUAUUAAGCCUCCUGACAAAUAAAAAAAAGAAAUUUGCACAUGA